AUGUCUGUAGGCCGAACUAAAUGUACGGCAAUCAUAAACAAUGUAAUAGGGAAAAUAAGUUUUGAAAAUCUUAUUAGCGACUUAAAUUGCCAUAAAUUUUCAUUAUUAGUUGACGAAUCGACUUAUUUCACGUCCGAAACACAUUUAGCAAUUGUUGUCCGCGCAGCGGUAAGGGUGGUGACUGGUGACUCACACGAUUAAAUAUCAGGGAGGCUCAGACUUUGAGAAAUUAUUAAAUGGAUAUUAUACAUAUUUUUUAUUAUUUAUUUUAGGGGUGCACGUGCUCAUGUGCUCCUACAGUGGAAC